AUGUCUUACGCCGACGCUGCUGCCAAGGGCCCCAAGCAGACCCCCGAGGAUGUGAGUACUUUUACCAGCAUGCGUAAGUCUCGCGCUCCCAAUGUCGGUGGUAUCUACCACGACGAGGCUGAGAGCACCUCCUCCCUGAUCGACGUCGACUCCCCGCACGUCAACACCGUUGACUCCGAUUUCAUUGACCAAGAAGUCAAGACAACCACACAGGCUGAGCGGAUAGAGCGCGAAGCUGCCGAGGCCGAGGAGCGCAAGGCUCGCGAGGCCAGCGAGAAGAAGGCUAAGCCCCGCAAGGCCAAGGCCAGCGGCCUAUACGCCAACUCCAGCAACCCUGUCUACAUUACCAACGCCGUUCUGGGUGCUCUUGUUGGUGCUGGUCUGGGCUUCGGCGCCUACCACAAGCACGCUCAGGGCAAGCUUUCGUGGGAAUUGGUCGGUGCUGUAUCUGGUGCCGUGGGUGCCUUUGGUAUUGUGGACUACUUCGCCAGCAAGUGGUUCCUGCAGAACAAGUACCCUUCCAAAUAG